AUGAUAAUAGGUAUUCCACUUUUUUUUCUGGAACUUGCUGUGGGGCAAAGAAUUCGGCAAGGAAGCAUCGGUGUAUGGAAUUACAUAAGCCCUAAAUUGGGUGGUAUUGGAUAUGCAAGUUGUUUUGUGAGCUUCUUUGUGGGCCUCUACUACAAUGUCAUCAUUGGCUGGAGUGUGUUUUAUUUUUCUCAGUCCUUUCGAUAUCCUCUGCCUUGGCAUCAGUGUCCUUUGGUGAGAAAUGCUACACAUACGUUGGUAGAGACAGAAUGUGAAAAAAGUUCUGCCACCGCCUAUUACUGGUACAGAAAAGCGUUGGAUGUUUCUGGUUCCAUUUCUGAAAGUGGGGGCUUAAACUGGAAGAUGACCUUCAGCUUGCUGGUUGCCUGGUCCGUGGUUUGCUUCGCUAUGAUCAAAGGCAUUCAGUCUUCUGUAAAAAUUGUGUAUUUUAUUACUCUGACUCCAUAUGUGGUACUUAUAUGUUUCCUACUCAGAACAUUCUUUCUAAAAGGUUCAAUUUAUGGCAUCGCCCACAUGUUUACCCCUCAGCUUAAAAAAAUGCUGGAGCCCCAAGCCUGGAGGGAAGCUGCCACUCAGGUGUUCUUAGCACUCGGUCUGGGAUUUGGUGGUGUCAUCGCCUUUUCAAGCUACAACAAGGAAGACAACAACUGCCAGUUUGAUGCUAUGCUGGUGCCCUUAAUCAAUUUUUUUACUUCUAUCUUGGCCACAUUGGUGGUGUUUGCAGUUCUGGGCUUCAAAGCAAACGUCGUAAAUGAGAGAUGCAUUAAAGAAAAUACUAAAAUGAUUGACAUAUUUUUGAAAAUGGGCAACAUUUCUCAGACUAUUAUUCCCUCUCACAUCAACUUCUCAGCUAUUACUGCAGAAGGUUAUCACGAAGUUUAUGACAUAAUUAAAAGCGCGAAAGGGGAGGAGUUUCCUGCUCUUAAUCUACAAUCCUGUUAUGUUGAAGAUGAGUUAAAUAAAGAAGUCCAGGGAGUUGGUUUAUCUUUCAUUGCCUUUACAGAAGCGAUGACCCAUUUCCCUCUAUCUCCCUUCUGGUCAGUGUUGUACUUCCUCAUGCAAAUAAGUCUAGGCCUCAGCAGCAUGUUUGGAAUCGUCGAAGGGAUCAUCACGCCUGUGGUAGACAGGUUCAAAGUGAGGAAAGAAUUGGUUACUGUUCUCUGUUGUUUUCUGUCAUUUUGUAUUGGCCUGAUAUUUGUGCAACGCUCUGGAAGUUACUUUGUUUCAAUGUUUGAUGAUUAUUCUGCUACGCUGCCAUUUUUAAUUGUAGUCAUUUUUGAGAUUAUUGCUGUAUCCUUUGUCUAUGGCACAGAUAAAUUUAUGGAAGACCUAAGAGAUAUGAUGGGCUUUGCUCCCUACAGAUGUUAUUAUUAUUUGUGGAAAUAUAUUACUCCUAUAGUGCUAUUAUCACUGCUAAUAGUUACUGUUGUGAAUAUGAUAUUAAGUCCUCCUGGCUAUUAUGCAUGGAAUAAAGACAAGGCAUCUAAGGAUUUUCUGAAAUUUCCAGCGUGGGCAAUGGUUAUCUGUAUAUCUCUGAUAAUCCUGACCUUACUCCCCAUCCCGACUGUCUUCUUCAUUCGUUGCUGCAAGGACAAUAAUUCCGGUAAUUUAGCCUCUGUGGCCUAUAAAAGAGGAAGGCUACUAAAGGAGCCUGUAAACUUAGAGGGAGAUGAUGCAAGCCUCAUUCAUGGAAAGAUACCAAGCGAAAUGUCAUCUCCAAGUUUGGGUAAAAAUAUUUAUCGGAAACAGAGUGGAUCACCGACUUUGGAUACUGCUCCCAAUGGGCGGUAUGGAAUAGGGUAUUUGAUGGCAGAUGUGGCAGAUAUGCCAGAUAUGCUGGAAUCUGACUUGUAG